CACCCUGGGAGGCAAGUUUGGGGCCCACCAAAGACAGGUCAUAAGCCGGUAAGCGAAAACAGAGUGCGGCAUCAGUCGGUACAUCAGCGGCCACGUGGCGUAGUGCACCACCGAGUGGGCACGACAGGAGAUUUCACCGCUCGCGGCGCAGAAUCUGGACGCCUUCCCGUCGAGGUACGUGCCGUCUCUCCCCUCUACCCUCGGCUCCCUCGUUUCGGCACGCAACACCACCGCCUCCGCCACCGAAUGGAGUCUGAAAGCAGAGGGAAGAGGGGGGAGAUGGAAGGAGGGAAUUGGAAGAGGAGCGGAGGAGGCGAGAAGAAGGAUCUGCUCCAUGUGAUCCACAAGGUCCCGCCCGGCAACAGCCCUUACGUCCGCGCCAAGCAACUUCAGUUGGUGGAGAAGGAUCCGGAAGCUGCAAUUUUAUGGUUCUGGAAGGCGAUAAAUGGCAGGGAUAGGGUGGACAGUGCUCUCAAGGACAUGGCGGUGGUGAUGAAGCAGCAGGAUCGAGCCGAAGAAGCAGUCGAAGCCAUCAGAUCCUUCAGGCACCUCUGCUCCAAGCAAGCGCAGGAAUCCCUCGACAACCUCCUCAUCGAUCUCUACAAGAAAUGUGGGAUGGUAGAGGAGCAGAUCGAGCUGCUGAAGCAGAAGCUCCGCAUGAUACACAUGGGUGAGGCCUUCAACGGGAAGGCGACCAAAACAGCACGUUCUCACGGCAAGAAGUUCCAGAUCUCCAUUAAGCGAGAGACUGCUCGCAUCCUGGGAAAUCUAGGCUGGGCAUACAUGCAGCAGAACAACUACGCCGCCGCUGAGGUGGUCUACCGCAAGGCUCAGAUGAUCGAGCCUGACGCCAACAAGGCCUGCAACCUCGGGCUGUGCCUCAUGAAGCAAGGCAGACUCGACGAGGCUCGGCGAGCGCUCGAGGAUGUCACUCACGGCCGCUUCUCGGCCGCGGGUGACGGGACGAGUUCGAAGAACAAGGCAGAAGAGCUGCUGCGCGAGAUUGAGGUCCGGCCAGCGACAUCGACGUCGGAGGUCGGGCUCGCUAUAGAAGACGAGAUCAUGGAGAGAAUCGAGCUGGUGUUGAACGAGUGGGUGCCUUCGAGGUCAAAGAGGCUGCCCAUUUUUGAGGAGAUCUCCGCCUUCAGAGAUCGGAUAGCUUGCUGAGAAUUGCUGUGCUCUCUCUUCCUUUUUGGUAUUUAUAAGAAGGUUAGCAAAUUGUAUAAUAAUAUAUAAAUUGAUGUCAAACUAAAUGUAAAU